AUGUGCCAUGUAAUGAUGGAGCAAGCUGUGCGGUUGUCAAAGGGUAAAGGAAUGCAGAACAUGAAUUAUCCACCGGAAUAUGAUGACUGGUGUCAUGUACUGGCGUGUAUACGACCUGAAGCAUAUCGAGUAUUUAGCUCAGAGUUCGCUGGUCGAUCGGAACGAAGCUUUCAAAUGAAGCGGUCUGUGGCACCAAAUUUUGUCCAGGGAGUUACUGAGCAAUGCCGCCAAGUUGUUCAAACGUACCUUGAGACAUAUUGUUAUCCGAAGCAUGCCCCCCUCGCUUUUGCAGUGGACGAUACAAAGCUCCUGCCAGGAUAUCGACCGUAUUAUGAUCCACAUAAGAAGCAGUGGUUUAUUGUGGGCGGAGCUGGAGCCAUUUUUGAGGUCAAUAAUGUUGAUGCUCUGAAUAAACAAUUAGCUGCCAUCAAGGAAGCGAAAGCAACGAAAGUCCGUUUGUGGGCCCUUCAGAUCCUUCUCCCGCACAUUCCUCCCUGCAUCGUAGCUGUUACACCAAUCGGGAACAGUAACUCAGCUACUGAGUUAGCUCAAAUGGAGAUGCAGAUAUUGGAUCACCUUGUUGGAAACCUCCAUCUGACAAUCAUUUCCCUUGGCUCAGAUGGAACGGUUACCGAGCGAGAGGCCAGACGUGAACUUGUUAAGUCUGGAUAUGCGACUCUCCAUCAUCACUGUUUCCCCCAUCCCGACUCCUCAGAUUCGCCUCAAACAAUAAAAAUACCAAUUUACACAAUUCAUGGCCAGAAGAUGGUUCCAAACCAGGAUUCAAAACAUGCUCGCAAGACUAUGCGUAAUAAUGCUUUCUCUGGAGCUCGUUGUUUAGUACUUGGAGGACAUGUUAUCUGCUACCAGCAUGUCCGAGAGAUUGUCCACGACACUCUACGUUCUCCUCUGUAUGUCAGAGAUGUUGAGAAAAUGGAUCGUCAAGAUGAUCGGGCAGCUGCGAGGCUCUUCUCCGCUUCGACGUUGGAUUAUGUUAUUGAACAUAUGUCUGAUUAUCUCGGACUGGCGUCCUAUGUUUUUGUCUUCGGGGAUAUGGUGGACGCAUAUCAGAGCCGUACAAUUUCCCAUUUUGAGCGCGCAAAGGUCAUUCUCCGUGCCCGAUUUUUCAAAGAUCUGUGGAAGAAAUUUCUACAGGAGGCGGGAUAUCCGGCAAAUCGUUAUUACUUGUCAAGGGAUUGCGAUGACAUUCUGGAUACAGUUAUUGAAAGCCUUCUUGGACUUCAAAUUAUCCACCGUGAUCAUCUCGAAGAGAACUUUCCCUUGUUGCCAUGGAUGCAUGGAACUGAAAUGUGCGAGCAUAUUUUUGGUUUCAUGAGGCAAUUGAUUCCCGACUUCACUAUGUUGGAUAUCUUGCGCGCCGUUCCCAAACUGGCUGUACGACUUCGAGCGGCUUGUGCUAUUCAGAAUAAGAGCGCUGAUUUCAGGAGGACGGCCGCUGGUUACAGUCAUACCUACUUUUCUUCCGAUAGCGCAAACCUAAACAGGCUCUCUGACUUCCCUACAGAUGAAGAGCUCACUACUGCUGCCAAAACUGCAUGGAGUGAAGCUGUGUCGUUAUGGGGUAUCCUUGGCUACUUUCCCGAAGAUGGAACUGCUCCCACUGUCUCAAAGGAUCAACUUGCACCUGACGAGGAGGACGAAGAUGAAUCAUCAAUGGUGACAGAACGGCGAGAACUUCAGAAUGCCUUAGAUUCUGCAAGUACUCUUUCUAUCUCCGGUACUCCAGCAUCUGUUGAUGCUAUCAUAGAUGAAUGCACAUUUGCAGCGGCAUCUCUCGAGCUCAACGACUUGGAAAAAAUUACCUCACUUCCGAAUGACGAUCCAGAAUCUCUUCAACUUCUUCAAACUCAUGUCAUGGCAGUGUUGAACAGUAUUGCUUCAUCUGGCACUGAGGCAGCUGUUCAAGUCGAACAACUCCUGGCAUCUAUUCAAAAACCUGAACAGUCUGGCCAUGCAAUGACGAUGACCACACCACAGACCACGUCAUCCAUACCACCCGCUGUCCUGGUUGAUUCUGUGAAGGCGGAUUUGAGUGGCUUGGUACAGACUCGAUAUACGAAUCAGAGUCGGGAAUGUGCAGAGAGUGUCCGCAUAAGAGGGAGAGAGAGGGACCCAGUGGAAGAGAGGCGGGAAGGUGAAGUCGAGACCAGAAGAGCUACGUCGGAACACAAAAAACUAGCGCGAAAAAUUUACGAAAUCAUACGACUGCACUCUGAACAAGGUACAAGUACCGGUCUUAACCGACGCGAGCGAACCAAGGCUGCAUCAGGAUCUAACAACAAGUCUGAAAGCACUCCCACUGCCGCUGGGAAUACAGCAAAUGCCAAGGCAGCUGCGCAGUCUCGGGCUUCGAGAAUGAUCAAACAACGUCGCAAAGAGUACAAAUCUGUUCCAAAGUUGGCAGAAUCACUGGCAACAGCUCAAGUUGAUCUCAUCUCGAAGAUCAAGCCUGGUAUAUAUGGGAUUGUACUGGAUGGUGAGGAAUUGAGGAUUGGUAAAGUGAUAACGAUGUACGAGAAAGGUGGUGGUAGCGCCGGAAAACAUGCAUGGACACCAGAAUCUGGCAACAUUGGUAGCCUUUCCUACAUUGUGCUUCAAGUCUGGCAGCAAGUAAGGCCCAAUGCACGUCGCUUUACAGCUAGCUUUGGCUCAACCACACACCUUUCAAUCCCCCAAUUUUCACAUCUCCCGUCUUCCGCAUUUCUCCAUCGGAUCCCAGAGUCUUCCGUGCAUCCCGCAUCAUCCUACCUCGACCUUGAACCAAAAUUCUUCGAUGACGUUUUUGUGGAGAUAUACAGAGCAAAGUCGACGGUCGUUCAGGCAUUUAGGCGAUUACAGCGUCCAACAAAAAAAGGCGAGGACAUGGAUGAUGACCAAGGUCACUUGUGACAAAACCGCCGUAAUUGAGGCCGGAGAAGUUAGGAGAACUCCAAUGAUAUAUUGAAUACAAUGUACAGUAGCUACAAAUGUUGUUUUUCCUAUAUUUUCUGUUUUUUUGAGCUUGGUUCCGCA